UUCAACCCACACAACCAACCACUUUUACCAAAAUCUAACUCCAAUCAUUCAAUUCCCCUCAUUGUUGUCAUUUUGUUCCCAUAUAAAUUAAAGGUUUCUAACACGAAUAGGAGAAUGUUGUCUACAAAAGUUACCGAUUGUAACGCUCACGGACAGGAUUCUUCGUACUUUCUUGGCUGGGAAGAGUACGAGAAGAAUCCCUACGAUGAAAUCGACAAUCCCAAUGGUAUAGUCCAAAUGGGUCUCGCUGAAAAUCAGCUAUCGUUUGAUAUUCUCCAGUCAUGGCUCGAUAACAACCCCGACGCAACUGCCUUCAAGAAAAACGGUCAAUCCAUCUUCAAAGAGCUUGCCCUCUUUCAAGAUUACCACGGCCUACCUGCCUUCAAAAAUGCACUAGUUAAGUUCAUGUCGGAGAUCCGAGGAAACACGGUUACUUUCGAUCCAAACAACCUUGUACUCACCGCCGGCGCAACCUCCGCUAACGAAACUUUAAUGUUUUGCAUCGCGAACCCCGGCGACGCUAUCCUCGUUCCGACGCCAUAUUAUCCAGGAUUCGACCGCGAUCUCAGGUGGCGAACCGGAGCUGAAAUCGUCCCGAUUCACUGCUCUAGCUCCAACAGCUUCCGAAUUACCAAAUCUGCCCUUGAAGACGCCUACCAACAAGCCCAAAAACAUGACCUUAAAGUAAAGGGUAUUUUGGUCACAAACCCUUCUAACCCUUUAGGCACGUCAUUAAACUUGCAUGAGCUUGAUGUACUCGUCAACUUCAUUUCAACCAAAAACAUUCACCUCAUUAGCGACGAAGUUUACUCCGGUACCGUAUUCAGCUCCCCGAAUUUCACUAGCGUCAUGGAGGUUUUAAAGAACCGAAACCUCGUUAACACCGAGGUUUCGAAGCGAGUUCACAUUAUUUGCAGCCUCUCGAAAGACCUCGGCCUACCCGGUUUUCGUAUAGGAACGAUUUACUCCGAAAACGGAGACAUUAUCUCCGCAGCGACAAAAAUGUCGAGUUUCGGGUUAAUUUCGUCGCAAACUCAAUAUUUACUGUCGGAAAUGCUAGCAGACAAGAAGUUUACAAAAACAUAUUUGUCCGAGAAUCGUCGGAGGUUGAAACACCGGCAAGAAACCCUAGUAAAAGGGCUUCAAAAAGCCGGAAUCCGGUGUUUGAAAGGUAACGCCGGUUUAUUUUGUUGGGUUGAUAUGAGGCAUCUUCUGUGUUCUAAAACAUUUCAAGGGGAAAUGGAGCUAUGGAAGAAGAUUGUUUAUGAUGUCCGGUUGAAUAUCUCGCCCGGUUCAUCUUGUCAUUGUUGUGAACCGGGUUGGUUUCGGGUUUGUUUCGCUAACAUGUCGGAGAAGACCUUGGUAUUCGCCAUGCAACGUGUUAAGUCAUUUGUGGAGUCGAUGACGAAGAAAAAUAGUAAUCAGUCUCGACAAGAACAGAUUCGGCUUAAUCAUGCGAGGAGAACAAAGUCGUUACCCAAGUGGGUUUUUUCGCUUUCGACACACCCGCUCGAGGUUUAGCCGAUUCUUCAUACCCAUACCCGGUAAAUUCUACAGAUAUCAAAGCUAUCGGUAGAGUCGGGAGAUUGAUCAGAUUAUUAUAUUCAAUUUUUAUUUUUAUUUGGAUUUGGAUUUGAUUAAUUAUUAUCAUUGUUUUUUUUUUUUUUUUUUGGGAUUAUAUAUAGUGUAUAGGAAUUUGCAUUUGACCCCUAUGGAUUAGGAGUGGCAUAUGCUUCUUUAAUUACUUUGUAUACCCAUUUUGUAGUUUUGAUGUAACCUUCUUGAAUUGUUCAAAAGAUAUGAUUAUAUUAUAGUAUUCGAUUAUUUAAUAUCA